AAGAUGCAAAUGGUAGUCUGUGUUCUAGCUCUCUUCGUCCUCAGUUUUUCGGGGGCUUACAAGCAGCCUCAUUAUGAGGGUAAGCGCACUACUAUGGUGCAUUUAUUUGAAUGGCCUUGGCCAUCUAUAGCCACAGAAUGUGAACAGUUUCUGGGACCUAAGGGAUUUGGCGGAGUACAGAUUUCGCCACCCAACGAGAAUCGGAUAGUCAACGGCCGACCAUGGUGGGAACGUUAUCAGCCUCUCUCCUAUUUACUGCACACACGGUCGGGAACGGAGCAACAAUUAAUCGACAUGAUUACGCGUUGCAAUCGGGCGGGCGUAAGGAUCUACGUAGAUGCAGUGCUUAAUCACAUGACAGGGGGUGGAAGCGAUGCUCAAACUGGUACUGGAGGCUCCCUGGCACACUAUGAAAAGCAUCAAUAUCCAGCUGUGCCUUAUGGACCUGGAGACUUCAAUGGGGCCUGUAAUAUUAUAGACUACCAAGCACCACAGCAAGUACGCAAUUGCCGCCUGUUGUCAUUGCUGGACCUAAAUCAGAGCAAGCCACAUGUGCGUCAGGUUUUGGUCAACUAUAUGAAUCGCUUGAUAGAUAUGGGAGUGGCAGGUUUCCGCAUAGACGCUGCGAAGCACAUGUGGCCACAGGAUCUGGAAGCCAUUUACGGGCAGCUGCAUAAUUUGAAUACGUCUCACGGCUUUGCUCCGAAUUCGCGGCCCUUUAUAUUUCAAGAAGUUAUUGAUUUGGGUUCAGAGCGCAUUACGACCAGCGAAUAUUCCCCUCUGGGUUGUGUCACCGAGUUUCGGGCUGCUAAUGAGCUGGGAAAGCUCUUUCGCGGACGCAAUGCACUUAAAUGGUUGCACAAUUGGGGACCUGACUGGUCAAUGCUGCCAUCGGGGGAUGCAGUGGUUUUUGUGGAUAAUCAUGACAAUCAGCGGGGGCAUGGCGCUGGUGCUGGGGAUGUCUUGACGCACAAAGAUGGAAAGCCUUAUGAGACGGCUCUAGUCUUUUUGUUGGCGCACCCGUAUGGGCUGACACGUGUAAUGAGCUCUUAUGCCUUCAAUAACAGCGAUCAGGGCCCACCUGCCACAAGUGAUGGGGCUAUUGUGGCACCACGCUUUCUGCGUAAUGGACAAUGUGACCACCUUGUGGGCUGGAUUUGCGAGCAUCGCUGGCCAUUGAUGGCACGCCUGAUAGAGCUUCGCAACAUAGCUGGCUCAUCUCCAUUGACCCAUUGGUGGAGUCAGCAUGACCAGCAAAUUGCCUUUGCGCGUGCUAAUGCCUUUGUGGCCAUCAAUAUGGAAAAGGAGAAAGAACUUAACGCCAAACUGCAAACAGGCCUACCCUCUGGCGUCUACUGUGACAUUAUCGAUGGCGAAAAGUCCGACUCCGGUUGUAGCGGGCGAAAAUUGUAUGUCGACGCUGAAGGCUGGUUACAGCUACAGCUGCCACCCGGCUCGAUUAGUUCCGUGGCCACGCACAUUAAUGCCAAAUUGUAAAUGAGUACGAAAUAAUAAUCUCGACAGUAUAACUAUUUUAA